AUGCCGGAAACGGAAGUAGAAGGCGACUGCGGCCAAAACAACCGCCCGGGCUCCCUUUCUGGCGGCCCCUUCCUCACCCCCUUCUUGCGGACGAUCGCCGGUUGCAGAUGCGCAGCAGCUUCCUGCCUCCUUGGACUCCGGCAGAGACGCAGCCUUCCCUCGAGCCGAGCUCGUUCUGGCCCAGGCGGGCCCGGCCUGCUCUUGGCGGGCAGUGGGGAGUCCCCGCCCCCCCCGCGCCCCCCCCUGAGCGGCGCGAUGCUCUUCUCUCUGCGGGAGUUGGUGCAGUGGCUGGGCUUCGCGCCCUUCGAGCUGCUCCUGCAGGCUCUGGCGCUGCUGGCGGCGUCGGUGCUGCUCGUGCUGAAGGUGGACGGGGUGGCGACCGGGCUGAGCUGGUGGGGGGUCUUCGCCCCUUUCUUCGCCGCCGACGGACUGAGCACCUACUUCACCACCAUUGUCUCGGUGCGCCUCUUCCAGGAUGGGGAGAAGCGCCUGGCUGUGUUGCGCCUCUUCUGGAUCCUCACUUUGCUCAGCCUUAAGUUUGUCUUUGAGAUGCUCCUCUGCCAGAAGCUCGGGGAGCAGAGCCAUGAGUUGUGGUACGGACUGAUCAUGGCACCCGUCUUCAUCCUCCUCCAGCUUCUCAUGAUCCGGGCCUGCAGGGUCAACUAGAUGCUAUCCUGCAUCCCUCUGGUGCUGC